CAUAGAAUAUUAAUUAGACUCAAUUGUUCGGUAUUCAAAUUUGGACAUAUGUACAUAUAUAUACCAUGCGGCCAUAUAUCCAUUUUCUUUCAUGAAGAGAGAGGCUCAGCUCAAUUUUCAGAUAGAUCACCAAACAAAAAUAUUGCAGAGAAUCAUGAAAGCCAGCCAUCUACUACCUUGGCUAACACUUCUUAUUUUAGCCACAAAAUCAGCUUAUUCUCAGCCCACUAAUGGUUCCACCUGCUUAGACCGUUGUGGCUCUGUAAACAUUCCAUACCCUUUCGGCACCGGGCCCGGCUGUUACCACGACGAGUCGUUUCUUGUCACAUGCAACGCCACCACCAACAGUUCUCCCAAACUCUUCUUUCCAACAAGUAACGUUUCGAUUCUCGACAUAUCUAUAAGCAAAGGCGAACUGCGAGUAGAGGGCCCAAUAGCCAGAAACUGCUACGACCGGUUCGGGAAUCAAACGAGUAAUAACAGCGAGAUAACACGUACUAUGACUACAAACUCCAACUUUCCACUGUCCGCCACGCGAAACAAAUUAGCCGUCGUAGGCUGCGAUUCUUUGGCGAUUAUCGGAGGUUCAGAGGGGCGGAACUACUCGGCGGGAUGCAUAUCCAUGUGUAAUCAGAUAAACGACGUGGUUAACGGUUCUUGCUCCGGCGUCGGGUGUUGCCAGAUGAGCAUACCCGAAGAUGUGAUCGACUUUGUUGUGUCGCUCGGGAGCUUGAAUGAUCACAAGGAGGUGUUCGAGUUCAACCCUUGUGACUAUUCUUUUGUGGUGGAGGAUGAGGCUUACGAGUUCUCUUCUGCUGAUUUAAAGGAUCUUCAGAAGAGAGAGACGGUUCCGUUGAUUCUCGAUUGGUCUGUUGGGAAAUCGAGCUGUGAAGAAGCUCAACAAAAUGAUAAGGUUGGAGCAGUGUAUGCAUGUCGGGAUAGUAAUAGCUUUUGCUUGAAUUCGACCAAUGGACCUGGAUAUCGCUGUAAUUGCUCCGAUGGUUAUCAAGGCAAUCCUUACCUUAUCAAUGGCUGCCAAGAUAUUAAUGAUUGUGAUCAUUCAACCAACCCAUGUGUGGGAAUCUGCACAAAUUUGCCGGGGAGUUUUAGUUGCUCAUGUCCCAAGGGAUUCAAGGGAGACGGCACCAAAAAUGGAACAGGCUGCUCUCCAGUUGAUAGUGGGAACCAAUCUGUGCUCACAAUAUCUAUUGCCUUGGGUGUCUCAAUAGGCUUAUUGCUGCUGCUUCUGGCUGGCUCUUGGACAUACUGGGUACUAAAGAAAAGAAAGCUUAUGAAACUCAAAGAAAAGUUCUUCCAAGAAAAUGGGGGGAUACUCUUACAACAACAACUUGUCCAUCAAAGAAGUUCUUCAGACACAGCCAAAAUUUUCACAGCUGAACAACUUAAAAAAGCCACCAAUAACUACGAUCAGAGUAGAGUCCUUGGGCAAGGAGGCUAUGGGACAGUUUACAAAGGACUCUUACUUGACAACAAGGUGGUUGCCAUCAAGAAAUCCAAAAUUGGUAGCCAAAGUCAAAUUGAGCAAUUCAUAAAUGAGGUGAUUGUGCUUUCUCAGAUAAACCAUCGAAAUGUGGUCAAGUUAUUAGGUUGUUGUUUGGAAACUGAAGUUCCUUUGUUAGUUUAUGAGUUCAUUACAAAUGGAACUCUUGCUGAUCACAUUCAUGAAAAAGAUAAAUACUCCUUAUUAUCAUGGGAAAUGCGUCUCAAAAUAGCAACAGAAACUGCUGGAGCUAUUGCAUACUUGCAUUCUUCAGCUUCAAUGCCAAUUAUACAUAGAGAUAUAAAGACUGCAAACAUACUAUUGGAUGAAAAUUACACCACCAAAGUUGCAGAUUUUGGAGCUUCAAGGUUGGUUCCACUAGAUCAAACUCAACUGACCACUCUAGUACAAGGAACAUUGGGCUACUUGGAUCCUGAAUAUUUCCAAACUAGUCAGCUCACUGAAAAGAGUGAUGUUUAUAGUUUUGGAAUAGUCUUAGCAGAGCUACUGACUGGUGAAAUGGCUGUUUCUUUUGAUAGAAAAGAAAGUGUGAGAAAUCUAGCCAUGUACUUCAUCUCGUCUAUGAAAGAGGGCCAAUUGCUACAAAUUCUUGAUGAACGAGUGGUCAAUGAAGGGAACAUUGAGCAGCUAAAGGCAGUUGCACAUGUAGCAAAAAGUUGCCUAAGAGUGAAUGGAGAAGAGAGGCCUACUAUGAAGGAAGUUGCUAGUGAGCUUGAGGGAGUGAUGAGAUCCAAGGUUGGAACACAUCCAUGGGGCCAGGAUGAUCAAAAUCCUUCUUUGGGUGUAGAAGAGACUGAAUACUUGUUGAGACCUUCCAGUACUAGUACAACUGAAGGGUUUGACAGUAUGAAUAUUCAGAUGUUAAAGCCAUCUGAUGAUGGUCGAUAAGUAAUUAAUGAGUAUUUAUCUGGUCUAGCUUGGUGAGAAUUUUUAAUUUAGACAUCUAACACUUGAUUCAAAAUUUUACUCUUUAUUUGGGUGAUGAGUUUUGUGUGAGCCGGCUAAAUUUUAGAAACACAGUUGUGUACAAUCAUUGUCCUUUUUCAAUAACAGAGUACUAGUUUCAAAAUUCAGGUUUGAAACUAAUUACUAAUUUUGGACUUCUUAAUUGAGGGACUCUACAGCUGUGAAAAUUUAGGUUGUCUCUAAAGAGGGACAAGUUGUUGCAAGAGCAUCCCCCUAUUUUGUUGAAAGAACUUUUCUGCGAGUAUUUUGCCUAUUUCAGCUAUAUUGUAAGCAGAUAAUUUGUAAAGUUUGUAAGGAAAAUUGUAUUUCAAACCAAAAAAAAAAAGAUCAAAUGUCAUGGAAAACAAUACUAAUUAUGUAUUUACAUUUUAAA